CGCAGCUGAUUGGUCGCCCCCUGCUAGGCCACGCCCCCUCCCUCCAUCCUUGGGGAGAAGCUGACCGCAGAAGAGAGAAGCGAGCGGGAGCCAUCGUCGCCUCAGGGCCCUGCCUUCCUCCUCCCGCCCUCCCUCCGCCCCUUGGCUUCUGAGGGCUGCCAGGAAGGAUGUCCAGCGACCCGCCCCCUCCCUACCCCGGGGGCCCCUCAGCCCCUCUCAUCGAGGAGAAGGACGGCUCCCCGUUCCCUGCAGGCCAGGUGCCCCCUUCGGCACUGCAACCACCGCCGCUGGAUGUGGGCCCCCCUCCCUAUGAGGCGACAGCACCGCAGCCAGGCUUCCUGCCGCCAACCCCCCUGCCCUCUGCCGAGGGGCCCAUGCACCCCUAUGUGGCCCCACCAGGGGGCUACUAUGUCCACCCCGGCCCGCACCCCCCCAUGGGAUACUAUCCCGGCCCGGGGGGCCCCUACACCCCGAUGGGGGGCCCGGGGGCAGGGUCUGCGGCGGUGCUGAUGCCCUCGGUGGCGGCCACCACGGUGACCGUCCUGCAGGGGGAGGUCUUCCAGGCGGCCCCCGUCCCCACCGUCUGCCCGCACUGCCAGCAGGCCAUCACCACCAAGGUCAGCCACGAGGUCGGACUCAUGAACUUCCUGCUGGGCUUCUUCUGCUGCUUCGUGGGGUGUGACCUGGGCUGCUGCCUGAUCCCCUGCCUGAUCGACGAGUUCAAGGACGUGACCCACACCUGCCCCAACUGCAAGGCCUACAUCUACACCUACAAGCGCAUGUGCUAGCGAGAGACAGCAAGAGAACCCCCCCCCCCACCCUUCCUCUUUCCCUCCACCCCAUGCCCCAUCCUCCUCCUCCUCCUCCUCCUGGCUUGUGUCUUCCCUCCAUCACAGAGAGUCUCCAGGUGCCGCAGAGGAGCCUCUG